AUGGGAUGUAUGAAUGCUUCUGGAUACAUAUCAGGACCCAUUGAACCAUUCCAUCAAUCCAACAAAUCCAAUUUUGAAGCAUUCCUAAUUGAACAAUUGACACUCCUCGGAUUCCAAGAAAGUUAAAUCGUCAUUUCAAAAACAAUUGAAAUCAAAUUCAUACCCUAUUUAAAAGAAUUACAAACCUCCAUCUAAUAGGACAUCCACUCCCCCUUUAAUAACAACAUCUACUUGAUCCCAGUCCUCACGAAUCAGCUAAGAGAAAUCUACAUAAAAACAUCGGAAUUCCUAAUUAGAUUCCAAGAUUACAAAUUAAAUACUCUAGUAAACAAAGUGGGUCUCAAAUAUCAAGCUCUGCUUAGAGUAGGUGAUCUGUUCCCCAAAUAAUUGAAUCUAAGAUUUUACAAUAAUCAGAUCUCCAAGAUCCAAAUAGAUCCCACCAUCAUAAUAGUUGUCAUCAACCAGAUUGAUAUCGGUUAUGCACUUUUGCAAUUCAUUAAAGAUCUUAAUCAACCCUUUUUGCUCGUCUUUCGUUAAGAUGACAACAAUGAUAACCAACAUAUUAAUUUGUUUAUUGAGACCAAUUCAUUUCAAAAUUAUUCAGUAAUAAUUGGAGUCGACGACAAAGAGGAUCGAUACAAUACAAUUAUAAAUCUUUACACCAAAGUCAUCAAAAAAUAAAAGAAAAACUAGAAUUCGGAUUCUCAUUCCAGAAUACUUACUCAAUUCUUAAAUCAAGAGGAUCAAGAGUAGUUUUGGGAUGAUGGAACCCUCAUUUUCAAUUUUUUGGAUUCAACCCAAACUCACAUAUCCACCAACACAUCCAUAAUUACCAUUCAGAAUUACAAAAUAACAGAAAUCAAUGAAUUUAAUACUAAAGGCCUCCAAUUUCAUACUCAGAAGUCUCUGCAGGAUAAAAAACAUAUUGAUUAAUAAAUCUACAAGUCAAUUAAGCAGAUCAUGAUCAAAGAACUUAUUUAAGCACUUUAAUUGAAGUCUUCUUAAUUCUCUCAAUAUUUCAAAUUGAAAUUGUCAACCCAGAAGAUUUAUAAAGAUUUGAAAUUGCAAUAGAAAAUCUAUAUGCCUUCCCAAUUGAAACUGCAAAAUGCCAAUGAAAUCGAGAGCAAGACCCAAGAAAUAUUGACCAUCAUCAGGAAAGCCUCUUAUGACACAUUGAUUGUUAAGCAAUCCUCCAAAUUCCAAUUGCCAGAUAAAGAACGAAUCUAUUAGAUUUUGCAAUAAAUAUUCAAGGAUCAAUAUGUGAAUUAAGUGUAAAUAAUUAUCAAUUCCAUCUUGCACAUUCAAUGGAGUCUGGGAGAUGAGAUCAUCAAUAGUCAAUUCAACAUUCAAAAUCAGAACUAUCAGAAUUACAAGUAUAAAUGGAAGAUGAUCAAGUUUUAUGAUAAUUUCAGGAUCGCCAAUCUUGCUCAACCCAAAAAGCAGUAGAUUUACUUUUAGGCCAAAUAACUGCUGAAGUGUUUGACUCGAAGAUCUGAUUAAGAAAUAGUGAAUAAAAUCACAAGUCAAAUAAUGCUUGAUAAGUGGAAUUUAAAUGAGGAGUACUCGCCUAUUUGUGAUGUGUACCAGAUUUCAUUUAUUAAUUCAACUUCAGUGGAUGAAACUUCGCAGUAUCAAGAGAAACUGGAUAAAAUAGUGGUUUCGUAGGAGAAUCAAUAUUUGAUCAUCUUUUUAAUGGAUUACUAGGAUCCUCAAAGGAUUAGUUAAUUGGAUUAGAUCAUAUCUCUCCCCUUGUAAUUAGAUAUCAAAUUGAUUAUCCUGAGCAAAUCGGAAUUUGAUAAUGAUAAUUUCGAAUAGUUGCUGAACAAAAAGAAAAUCGAAAAAAGAAUAUACCAAAAGAACAUUCAAUUUUGGUUUCCCAUUUCAUCUCAAAUCAAUGAGAUGCAAUUCUCGCAAUAUCUGGAAAUCUUCUACAAUCUUAAUUAGAAGGAGAACGUGAUUGUUAUCAACAAUAAACAACAAUUGUGUCACAAAAUAACGGGAUUUCACCUGAUUACUAUGUUGCAGGAGAGGAACUAUCAAGAAGACGAUAAGAAGUGUAAUCAUUCAGGAGCAAGGAAUCAACAGAGAGGUUAGAACAAUGAGCAAGUAAAGAAGGCAAGGCAGUAAUUGAAGUAGAACAUUGAGAAGGAAAUCAAACAAUAGCAGUAGUUGUCAUUGUAGAAUGAGCAGGAUCAUUCAACGAAUCUGAUUUUUGAUUUUAAGUGGGCAAAAGAGAAGACUAUUAAAUUGGAUGGAUAGUAGAGAGUGCAGGUUGUUUCUAAACAAUACUUGAGGCCUGUAUUCAAUAACAAUAGUGGAAUAUAAUUUGAGAUAUUUUAAUAGAUAAUUUCUAAUAAACAAUACGAUUUUCAAUGA